CACAUAGCAUUUGAUUUAUGAUGACGACGAACACAAGCGUCAGGUUCAGCUUUUUCCUACGCUCUUCACAGCCAUGUGCAAAUAGACACAUUUGACAAGAUAUAACUAUGACACUGAGUCUGCUGGGCCUAAUGCGGCCGGCUUUGUGCCGAUCCCUCGUCGCCCUGGUCCCCAUGGUGAGGUCUCCUCAGCUGGUAGUCAUCUCCAGGGUCCAACUGCUGCUCCCAAAUAUCUUUCAUCAAAACAUGGUCCCCCCUGCUGCCUCCUGCGUACGCUUCUAUGCCACCAAGAAGAGUAAAGCUAAGGCAGCAAAGGGCCAGGCUUCCAAAGUGAACAUCAACUCCUCGCUGGUGGAGGACAUCAUCAGUCUGGAGGAAGUGAAGGAGGAUAUGGCCGCCGUCCUCACCACCCUGAAGGACGACUUCAGCCGCAACCUGAGCAUCAGAACCUCUCCAGGAGCUCUGGAUCACAUCGUGGUGUCCACGGCAGAUGGCAAGUUCCCACUGAACCAGCUGGGUCAGAUCUCUAUGAAGUCCCCUCAGCUCAUCAUGGUCAACAUGACCGCUUUCCCAGAGGCCGUGGGUGCUGCCACCCGCUCCCUACGAGAGAGCAGCAUGAAACUCAACCCUGAGGUGGACGGGACCAUAAUCAGGGUGGCCAUUCCCAAGGUGACGCGGGAACACAGGGAGAACCUGGCUAAGCUAGCUAAGCAGUUCAGUAACAAGGCCAAGGAGUCUCUGAGGAAGGUGAGGUCCAACGCUAUCACUCAGGUGAAGAAGGCCAAGGACACUGUCUCCGAGGACACCAUCCGAUUGGUGGAGAAACAGAUUGGGCAGAUGGCAGACAGCUUUGCAGCAGAUGUAGACAAGCAGUUAACUACCAAGACAAAAGAGCUGCUGGGGUGAUGACGACGAACAGCACCACACCUUUAUUUUGAUACUGUCACGUUUUCAACGGUUCCUCCUGUAUAUAUGACUGGACACGGUACUGGACACUAGUUGAUAUGGAGGUCUCGUACUGCGCUGUAGAUUUGUUUGGCGCUCGUUGGGGGCUUGUUUGUGUGUUCCAGAAGUUAGCAUCGUACAACAGACGCUGCUGGGUUCCUCACUCACUCUCGUCUUCAAACAAACACAGAGGGGAGAAAUUGACUUUUAAUGGCUUCUGGGAGCCUCCUCCUAAUCAAACUGAUGCUAGAGAGCUGUGUUUAUGUAGAAAGCACCACACUCGAUGUAAACGGAGUGGCUUUUCUGGUCUGAGACACCGAGACACUCUCCCAGAGGACAGGAAGAAGAGAUGUUCGUGGUGCCAGCAUUUGUUUCAGAUUCACCCUUAAAGGGAUAGUUCAGCCAUUUUACACAUUACAUUUUUGUUUCCUUACACUUGGAAGCAGCCUCUCGACAUUGAGUGACUGCAACCCUUUAACGCCACUCCAAACUCACUGAUUAGUUCUGUCAGUAUGUCCAGGAUUAAUCCUACAGCUACCAAUGCAAACACAAUAAAGUGGCUACUACCAUUAUUUAUGGAUGCCAUUAACUGAAACACUGCUUUGUACAUCAUCUGUUUAGUUUUUUUCUUUACCUUUGAUGUUAGAUUAGUGAGUGAUAAUGGUCUACUUUCUUCCUCUGUACUAAAUUAUAAUGUAUCACACCAUUCAUCUAUUAGGCAGGGUUUGCUUGGCCCUACCCUGAGACGCUACACACACACACACACACACACACACAGAUGGUCAUUGGAUAAACAACAGUUUAGAGGAGGAGUGCACAGAUGAGGUACCUGGCAGUGUUUCUUGUGAGUCUGGGUCCAUAUGUCAGUAAUUUGGGGGCAUUGUGUACCUUGGCCCAGAACAUGAUCGAUGGAGGAGUGAAAGACUCAAGUCCCUGGCCCCGAACUCAGCUCUGGAAAUUGCUUUCAGCUGAAUACUUUUAUUUCAUUUGACAUUUAUCAACUGAAUUACUGGUCUUCUGCUCGCAGCCUCGCUCUGUUUUACUACUGCUGCCAUGGAAUAGAGGGACGGUGAGGAGAGAGGAAGUGGAUGUUCUUGUACAUUUUUACCAGAGGCACAAGUCUAAAUUGGCUCAGUAAACUUUUGAAUUGACAGUGUUGGUGCACUCCCUUUGGACACCAUCUGUCUGGGAGGAUAAAGUAAGACGUACUGUAACUACCUGGCUGUAGUCCCUGUAGUGAAUUGAUGUUACAUAUUAUUUCAGUUGGAGCAAGGAACUGUAAGUAUCUCGCAGGGGCCUUGUCUUUGUACUUUACAUGCAGAUUUUGCAUGUUUGAAUUAUACUUUUUUGGAGUCUUGUAAGAUGCUUGUGACAAUGGUGUAACAUUGCUAUACCGGUUAGGUUUGGUGAGAGUACUUCACUAAAGCCUGGCAGAGGGGUCGUGCAGUUAUCAAACCUCC